AUGGAGCUGGACAAUAGGACCAGAGUACAGGAAUUCAUUUUGCUGGGAUUUGGAGUCGGCCGACAAGAACGUUUCCUGCUCCUCAUCUUUUUUGGCAUCCUCUAUGUCAUCACGUUGGCAGAGAACAUCACCAUCAUCACCCUGGUGGUCCUAGACACCCACCUGUCCCGGCUUCCCAUGUACAUCCUGCUGGGCAACUUCUCCUGGCUGGAGAUCUGCUACGUGAGCACCACGGCGCCUCGCAUGCUCGUUGACUUGGCGUCCCCUUAUGGGGUCAUUUCCUUCAGUGACUGCUUCCUUCAGUUCUACAUGUUAUUCUCUUUUGGUGCCACUGAAAAUUUCUUCCUCUCAGCCAUGGCCUUAGAUCGGCAUGUGGCCAUCUGCCAUCCCCUCCACUACCCACAACUCAUGACGCAAGAGUCCUGCUACAACCUGGUGGUUGCUUGUUGGAUCUGCGGUUUCAUGGGAUAUGUCAUCCCGGUGAUUAUGAUGUCCAAUAUGUCCUUCUGUGGCCCCAAUGUCAUUGAUCACUUUUUGUGUGAUCCGGGGCCUAUUCUGGCCUUGGCCUGCCCACCCUUCGGAGUCGCCCCCAUUGUUUUCCAGAUUUGUGCCAACGUUCUGAUUUUAGGCAACGUGCUGUUUGCCGUCUUGUCCUACGCAGUGAUCAUCCUCACCCUGAUGAAACCCUCUUUCGAAGGCAGCCGCAGGAAGGCCUUUUCCACCAUUUCAUUCCACAUAGUGGUAGUCACGCUUUUCUAUGGCUCUGUUGCAGGAAUGUACUUGGCUCCCGACGGAGAAAACCAGAGAGAGAUUGCUAAGGCCAUAACACUUUUCUACACUUCCGCUACGCCCUUUCUGAACCCCAUGAUUUAUUGUCUGAGGAAUGAUCAGGUGAAGGAGGCCUUGCGAAGGUUGUCCAAAAGAAACCUGACAUUUGGACGCAGGAGGUGA